UGCGGCGGUGAGCGGAAGGUAUAACGACAGCAGCUCUGAAGCCCGGCGGGCUGGUGAGGGGGUGACCUGGAGGCAAGCGGUGGCGCUGGCGGCUCCUGGAGGCUCUCGUUCCCUUCGGGUGGGCGCCGGGUGGGCCUCACCUCUGGCUUCCCCAGCAUGCGCGGGGCCUAGGGAUGAUCUUUCCAAUAGCCUGCUCUGUGCUUGGCUGGCUGCAGCGGCCCGGAGGCCGGACCUUGACCCGCGCCGCCAUGGAGGUGGCCUUCCGAGGCAUGCGGAAAAUCCUCUGUGUGGCCGAGAAAAACGACGCGGCCAAGGGGAUCGCCGACUUGCUGUCCAACGGUCGCAUGAUGCGGAGGGAAGGACUUUCUAAAUUCAAUAAGAUCUAUGAAUUUGAUUAUCAUCUGUAUGGCCAGAAUGUUACCAUGAUAAUGACUUCAGUUUCUGGACAUUUGCUGGCUCAUGAUUUCCAGAUGCAGUUUCGUAAAUGGCAGAGCUGCAACCCUCUUGUCCUCUUUGAAGCAAAAAUUGAAAAGUACUGUCCAGAGAAUUUUGUGGACAUCAAGAAAACCCUGGAACGAGAGACACGGCAGUGCCAGGCCCUGGUGAUCUGGACCGACUGUGAUAGAGAAGGCGAAAACAUCGGGUUUGAGAUUAUCCACGUUUGCAAGGCUGUGAAGCCUAGUCUGCAGGUGUUGAGAGCCCGUUUCUCUGAAAUCACCCCCCGAGCCGUCAGGGCGGCUUGUGAGAACCUGACCGAGCCCGAUCGGAGAGUGAGUGACGCUGUGGAUGUGAGGCAGGAGCUGGACCUGCGGAUUGGAGCUGCCUUCACAAGGUUCCAGACCCUGAGGCUUCAGAAGAUUUUUCCUGAGGUUUUGGCAGAGCAGCUGAUCAGUUAUGGCAGCUGCCAGUUCCCAACACUGGGCUUUGUGGUGGAGAGGUUCAAAGCCAUUCAGGCUUUUGUGCCUGAAAUCUUCCACAAAAUUAAAGUGACUCAUGACCACAAAGAUGGUGUCGUCGAAUUCAACUGGAAAAGGCAUCGUCUCUUUAACCACACAGCUUGUCUUGUCCUAUACCAGCUGUGUAUGGAGGAUCCCAGGGCAACAGUGGUGGAGGUCAGGUCUAAGCCAAAGAGCAAGUGGAGGCCUCAAGCUUUGGACACUGUGGAGCUUGAGAAACUGGCUUCUCGAAAACUGAGAAUAAAUGCUAAGGAAACCAUGAGGAUUGCAGAAAAGCUCUACACUCAAGGGUACAUCAGCUAUCCCCGAACUGAGACAAACAUUUACCCCAGGGACUUAAACCUGACAGCACUGGUGGAGCAGCAGACCUCGGAUCCACGCUGGGGGGCCUUUGCCCAGAGCAUUCUAGAGCAGUGUGGCCCCACUCCACGCAAUGGGAACAAGUCUGACCAAGCUCACCCUCCCAUCCACCCCACCAAAUACACCAGUAGCUUGCAGGGAGAUGAACAGCGACUGUAUGAGUUUAUUGUUCGCCAUUUCCUAGCCUGCUGCUCCCGGGAUGCUCAGGGCCAGGAGACCACUGUAGAGAUCGACAUUGCUCAGGAACGCUUCGUGGCCCAUGGCCUCUUGAUUCUGGCCCGCAACUACCUGGAUGUGUACCCAUAUGAUCACUGGAGUGACAAGACCCUCCCUGUCUAUGAGAGAGGCUCCUGCUUUCAGCCCAGCACUGUGGAGAUGGUGGACGGGGAGACCAGCCCACCCCAGCUGCUCACUGAAGCCGACCUCAUCGCCCUCAUGGAAAAGCAUGGCAUUGGGACUGAUGCCACUCACGCGGAGCACAUCGAGACAAUCAAAGCCCGGAUGUAUGUUGGGCUCACCCCGGACAAGCGGUUUCUCCCCGGACACCUGGGCAUGGGCCUUGUGGAAGGUUAUGACUCCAUGGGCUAUGAGAUGUCCAAGCCUGACCUCCGGGCUGAGCUGGAAGCUGAUCUGAAGCUCAUCUGUGAGGGGAAGAAAGACAAAUUGCUGGUUCUAAGGCAGCAAGUCCAGAAAUACAAGCAGGUUUUCAUUGAAGCAGUGGCUAAAGCUAAGAAACUGGAUGAGGCCUUGUCGCAGUACUUCGGGGAAGGGACAAAGGUGGCCCAGCAAGAAGCCAUCUACCCAACCACGCCAGAGCCCAUCAGGAAGUGUCCGCAGUGCAGCAGAGACAUGGUCCUCAAGACCAGGAAGAACGGCAGGUUCUACCUCAGCUGUGUGAAUUUCCCAGACUGUCGAUCAGCUCUGUGGUUCCCCAACUCCGUGCUGGAGGCCAGCAGGGAUGGGAGUGUGUGUCCAGUGUGUCAGCCACAUCCUGUGUACAGGUUGAAGUUGAAGUUUAAACGUGGUAGCCUUCCCCCAACCAUGCCUCUGGAGUUUGUUGGCUGUAUUGGUGGAUGUGAUGAGACCCUGAGGGAGAUCUUGGACCUACGAUUUUCACAAGGUCCCCCGAGAGCUGGCCAGACAGUCAGCCAACCCUCUGGCUACCUGCAGGCCAGCCAGUCCCUAAACAGGAUGGACAACUGCCAGCCUCCUGACACUGGGCCAACUGGGCCCUCAAGUGCUCUGGCCCAGAUUCUGCCACCGCCCACUGCCGCUGGGGAAAGCAACUCUGUGACCUGCAACUGUGGCCAGGAGGCCCUGCUGCUCACUGUUCGGAAGGAGGGUCCCAACCAGGGCCGGCAGUUCUAUAAAUGCAAUGGAGGCAACUGCAACUUCUUCCUGUGGGCUGACAGCAGCCCCCCAGAAGCAGGGGGGCUGCCUCCCUCAGCAUCAAGGCCCCCUGGGGGCUCAGUGGGACAUCAGCCAGGCUCAAGGAACCCCCCGGGUGGGUUUGGCAGCUCUGGUGAUGACAGGGGUGGUGGCAUGUCCUGCCUGUGCAGCCAGCCCACUGUCACACGGACAGUGCAGAAGGACGGGCCCAACAAGGGACGCCAGUUCCACACAUGUGCCAAGCCGAGAGAGCAUCAGUGUGGCUUCUUCCAGUGGGUGGAUGAGAACAUGGCCCCAGGGACUUUUGGAGCCCCACCCUGGCCAGGAGGCAGAGGAAAAACACAGGGGCCAGAGGCCAGAAGCAAAAGAGCCCGGGCCAGUUCCUCAGACACGGGGUCCACAGCCAAGAAGCUCCGGAAAUGCAGCCUUUGCCACCAGCCUGGACACACCCGUCCCUUCUGUCCGCAGAACAGAUGAAGACAGGUCAGGGUAGAAAAGGCCACUUCUUAGACCUGCCUCUUUUGUCUCCAGGACAAUCUGUUUCCACUGGGAACGUGUGCCGCCUCGCUGCCCCAGAGGCUUUGAGGAAAGUGGCAGCUUUUAGAGCCUGCCUGUAUUAGGACUCAAGAUCCAGCCUGCUCUCCUACAGCCACCUGUUAGACAGUGGCCCUCUGCCCAGGGCUAGGAGUGGCUGCUCCCUGUGGCCCAGGGGGUAUGGUUGCUGUGAAGUAGCUGAUAGCAGAAAGUUUUGCUGCAGGGGUGGGAGGGACAUCCUGUAGCUGCAACCUCCAGGGCUGCCUUCGCCUCCAGAAAGCCCGCUCGAGGGCCUGGUGCUUCCAGAGCAGGCUCGGGCCACCUGGAAGGGGCUUCUCUCUACAGACAUCCUGAGAAGGGUGAUGCGAGGAAUCGGCCCUAGUUCUAAAAUCGUGUGUACAGAAGCAGUGAGCUUUCUCUUUACCUAGCAGCUGCCACAGCCAGUACACCCCCCCAGCCCAUGCCUCAGUGAAGACUCUGCCCUUCACUCUGGGGGGCACAGGGAGCAGCCAGGGCCUGAGGGACCUCCCCACAGCCUCCAGCCCUCAAGGCCUCCCCUCCCAGCCCCAGCCCGUCCUCCCCGUCCCUGGGCUGAGCUGGAAGCCCAGCCUCUCCUGGCCCCCAAAUAGCCUGUCCCACAGAGCAGAGGAGAGAGCCAGAGCCAGAGUCAGAACGCCCUUUGUCUCCACACCUCCUGGAGGUGGUCACAUUCCUUAUUUGCUUUACAAAAAACCUGAUGAACAAUAUAUAGCCAUAUUGGCUUUAUUUUAUAUUUUAGGGUAUAAGCAGAAAUGGGGCUAGAGUUGCCCAGGGUCAUACUGCAAGGUGGUGAAAUGAACUCUCCUCAGGUCUUGGGACUUCUGGCCUCACAUACUUUCCAUUGGCCUAGUAGCUCUGUGCCCCAGCCGAGGGCAGGGUGGAGGGUUUUUAUAAAUGCAGAUGCCUGGAAUGGCUCCUGGAGCCUCUGGUCAGUGGGUGUGUCAUGGCCCUGCCUUUGCGUUGCUUUCCUUGGCAGCUGCAAGUCACUCUCCAUCUCUGUGGUUUUACCUAUUCUGAACAUUUCAUUCACAUAAAUGGAAUCAUACAGUA